AUGAACUCCUCCAACGCUCCCGAACACAACGCCGGACUGGAUCCGAAGGAGCGGCGCCGCUUGCACGACACCAUCGCCGCUAUGAGCCCGCAGAUGGAAGAGGUUCUACAGCGCAACCAACAGCGCGCGUUCCAGAAGAAGCGCCGCACCAUCUGGCAGACCGCAAGCCUUGUUUGGCAGGACUUCUACGGCUGGUGCCUUGACCAAUGCAUUUCGACCUUGGCCUUCCUCCACGCCCUGGGCACGAACCGUUGGAUCCGCGCGUUCCUGUCGCUCCCCCUCCUGGCCAUUGCCGUCCUCGCACUCUCCUACUUCUGGUUUCCAUGGCCUCAUUUUCAGCGUCAUCAAUCUCCACCCGACAUUACUCAGAUGGUGCUCGAAACGGUGCGCAACAUGUCUGCCUUCCAACCACGACUCUCCUCUACCAGCCACCAACUCGCUCACCUGAGUGUCGAUGUGGGAGAUCUAUUGCACGACAUUCGCGACGGACCAGCUCUGUUCAACCGUGACCAGAUUAUCAUCAAACUCCAGGAGACUCCAGACCUGCUGAACAGCACCUCGCAGGGCGUGCUAGCGUUCGAACCUGUGCUCGGCCUCUUCAUUCGGCAGAACUAUGCCCUGGCUCAGGAUCUCAGCACCCAGGCUGACGCUCUCAUCGCACGACAUCAGGAUGUUAGCGAGCUGGAGAGCCUGUUGUGGUAUGUUAUUCUACCCUGCCUCAUUCCUCUUCCCUUAGAGGAAGACGAACUCUACCCUCCCAUGAUUGGAGAGUAGACAGACGAGCUUCUUCUCCUCCUUGCUGACAUUCUCAACCACAAAGGCGUAUGCUGAACGGCAACAUCCCCUACCUGUACGAGCUGUCGGACGAACACCAGCUCGUGGAGAACACUGUCUUCUUUCUGCACGCUUUCCUUAACGCCACCAUCCAACACUACAGCACCGCCUUUUCCAUCUACACUAAUACCAGUACAGCUGCCAUCCACCUCGCCGGCGUCUUCACUCUCCUCGAAGACAGCGAAUCCCAAUACAACCGCGCCUGCCGCCUCCCAACAGCCCUACCGCCCUGCAACUUUUUCCUCUCUUUCUUCUACCUCGCCUGUCCAAGACGACCCACCACGCCCUUGGUAUCCGAAUGCCACCUCUCCGGCCCUCCACCCUCCUACCGCAAACGCCUCUCCACCUUGCUCGCCCGUCUCCAAUCCCCCGCCCUCCUCCUGGGACAAAUGCACUCGCAUUAUCACAGCGUCCAGCAGAAUCUCCGCGGCUUGAACCUGUCCGCCACGGGUUUCAUGGAGCAGGCCGUGGAGAAUUCGAAGAAGAGUCGGAGGCAGAGGAAGACUUUCCUUAAGGGCAAGUCUGGGAUUCUGGGUGCUGCUGAAGAGGUGAGGGAGGGAUUGGAGCGCCUGGUAGAGUUGAAGAGACAGGAGGAGAGGGAGAUGAAGACGAAGAGGGAUAUGCCGAAAGAGUUGAUGGGGUAA